AUGCUGUCUACUUUGAUUGACAAGAAAAAUAAAUACCUACCUAUCAUCGUCAUUCUCAUCUUGGUCCAUGAAGUAUCAGCUAGCUGCCACUACGAUUCCCACACUGGUCGGACCAUUUGCGAGGGACUCUCAUAUGGCAUCCGUCUAUCUAUCGCAGCAGCCAUCUCGAUCUGCGGUGCCAUCCUUCUCACUGGUCUCUCAUAUCUCUUCCGACGUAUAUAUCGGUCCAGGCAGACCCAGAGCGUCUCUGCCCGCUACCACGGUCAAACCCAACCUCAGACAGCAAUUGCACCUUGUCCCUCGAAUGUGACGCCUAAUGUAUCCUGUGAUCGGCCUGUCUACAACCCACAACCGCUCUACCAUGCCCCACCUCUUUCUGACCCGGUCACGCAAGAACGAGAAACUUACGGCGCUCCCCCGCCCGGGUAUGUGUACGCAAACGAACCACAAUCCAGGACUGAACUCAUUUCUGGUGCACCCCUAAGUCAAAAAUACACUCCUCCCGCCGACCCUCCUCUAGAACCACAUCCCUAUGCGACUUCUUCUCACUCUCUAGCCCCGCAUCCCUACUCGGCUGCUGCUCAACGCUCUCUCUACACACAUCCAUAUGCGGCUUCUUCUCGUCAAAAUUGA